AGGAAACAGCCCGAAGUCUCCGCUGACCCAAAAGGGGAGGGGGGCAGAGAGCGGCGCGGCUGUUGCGGGCGGAUGCCGAGCGAGACUGGUGCGUCCGAGACACUGAGCGGCCGAUCGACUCUCUGGUUCGGAGGCGAGCGAGGAGAAGGGGAAAGCACGCGGGCGGGAGGAACAGCCAGGACAAGGAGGGAAGGAGGAGGGCGGGCGGCCAGGCGAGGCGGCCGGAGGAGCCGCGAUGUCGUCGUCUUCUAGUUCUCCCGCUUCCAAAGCCAAGGAGGUCUUCUCCUCCGACGAGGAGGGCCCCGCCGUCGUUGCGGUCGCCCCCGCCGCUGCCGAGGAGCCCCCCAAAGUGAAGGUUUCCAGCCUGUCCUUCAGCGUGGAGGCGCUGAUGACCCCCGACAGCAAGAAGCCCUCGCGGGAGCCCGCCCCGAACCUCGAAGGCGCCGGCCUGGGCCCCUCGCGGACCCCGCUGCUCCUGCCCGCCCACGUCGCCCGGGAGGCCCCCAGCCCCGGCGCCGCCAAGACCUUCGAGACCGCCGCCGCCUCCGUCAAGUCCGAGACCUCCGAGGACGGCGCCUCCCCCUGGGUCCCCGAGCCCGGGCGCUACUCCCCUCCCCCGAGACACCUGAGUCCCACAGCUUGUACCCUGAGAAAACACAAGACCAACCGGAAGCCCCGGACGCCUUUCACCACCUCCCAGCUGCUGGCUUUGGAGCGCAAAUUUCGGCAGAAGCAAUACCUCUCCAUUGCUGAAAGGGCCGAGUUCUCAAGCUCACUGAACCUCACAGAGACCCAAGUCAAAAUCUGGUUCCAGAACCGGAGAGCCAAGGCAAAGAGACUGCAAGAAGCCGAGCUGGAGAAGUUAAAGAUGGCCGCCAAGCCCAUGCUGCCUUCGGGCUUUAGCCUCCCUUUCCCCAUCAACUCCCCGCUCCAGGCAGCCUCGCUUUACGGGACCUCGUAUCCUUUUCACAGACCUGUGCUUCCCAUCCCGCCGGUAGGACUCUAUGCUACUCCUGUUGGAUAUAGCAUGUACCACUUAUCCUAAGAAGAUCAGAGCGCACCAGCAGCAAUGCAAUAAGGAACAUUCAGGCGGAUCUUGCACAAUUCAAGAGUGCAGCAGAGGACCAUUCCGGGUUGUUUUUUCCUGCAUGCUUGUAUGUGCCUUACCAAGUAUAUAGAAGUUUGAACGCAGAGCCUGUAUUCUGCAGGUUGGGGACCCAGCGAGUGUGAGCUCAACACUCAGAAGCUGACCCUGAAAAAGAGGUGGUGUUUUGUUUUUUAAAAAACAUACAUGUUUAAACUAAUAUAGUUUUUGUAUAUGGGAUGGGAGAGAAGGAACAAAUCAUUAAAUCACGUGUUUCCACAGCAUAUAGAUAUAUAUACAUAUGUGUACACUUUCCCCUAUGAUGUCCCCAGCCUUAAAGGGAAUUAUUCACUUUCUGAGGUGAAAAGCUUGCCACCUGCUCCUUUCCAUGUUCACUCAGAAGUAAGUCCCACUUUGUUGAGUGAUGCUCACUCUCAAUUUAGCGUGCGCAUGUGUGAAUAGAUAGGAAGUUGGGAUGAAAUUGGUUGUUCCAGUGGGGGAAAAUCUAGAUGUACAGGCAAAUGUUAUUUAUAAAACAGUUUGAGCAAUAAAAGGGGACUUCAAUAGGGGCAAACUGACAGGCAGGCUAAAUCAGCCCCUGCUUCCCCCCCCCCCCCCCCUCAGUUCUCUACUGAACUGCAGUCCUUAAACCAAGAUGUCUCCAAUGCAAAAUGCUAGAAGUAGAUGAGGGAAAUGCAUUUGUCUGAUCCUACCAGGCAAGUGUUACCUUUAUAAAAUGUAGGUCUUCCAAACUGCUGUCUUCCAAUAUUUGUGACCAGUGAGGUUCAUAAAACGGGAUUGACUCAGAACAAGUGUCUUUAAGGCUACCAUGCUGAGGGAUCCCACCUAUAAUACUUGAUUCAUUUGAAUGGAAAGGGAGGAGAAAUAGGAAAGAGGUAUGGAGAAAAGCACUGUUGCUUUUCAGUGUGUGUUCCUGAACGAGCAGAGAGACGAUCAAACCCCUGUUGCAGAUUUGUUACCUUUAUUGCAAUAAUCUAUGUUUUAACCAUGACUAGCUUGAUAAAAAUGAAUUCUGUUUGGGAGUUUUGAGAAUCACCCAUAGAUCCAGAUUCAAGCUAUGGGAACAAGAUAAUGCCACCUAUGCUAAAGACAGAACCAUCCUAUCUUUUUUUCUUUUAAUACUUUGGAGUGGAAAGGAAGGAGGAGAGGACCAAUAUCUGGUUAGUGUACUUGGCAUUAUGUAAGCCACUGUUCAGAUUAUUUUAAUUUUUUAUUAUUAUUAUUGCUAAACUUUGUGGGGAAUUGUCUCUAGAGGAUGCAGGUUGCUGAAGACAGGACUUUCCUAAGAUGUAUUUCAGCAUGUUAUGAAAAAUAUCGAGGCCAGGAUUUGUUUUCUGUUUGACCGGCUUCAGGUUGUGUUGUGCCCAUUAGUUGCCCAUUAGUCCAGUUCUGCCCCUUUACCCCAGCAUAUAAAAAUCCCUUUGAAAGGGAUGCCUUGUACAAUUUUAUAUAUUUUAUUGAAGAUUUAUUAUUUCUUACCUCUUAUUUAGAAUUAAAUUAAAAACUUGUUUAA